AUGAUCAGAACCUCCAGAAGUGCCAUCCAGGCGGUCAGAACGCUUCGCAUCACGACCAACAGCGAGUUCAAGACGCCCUUUGUGCCCCUCACCGCCGAUGGAUUCCUGCAGGCAAUCGGAAACACGCCGCUCAUCCGGUUACCCCGGAUUUCUGACUCUAUCGGCAGAAACGUCUACGGUAAAGCUGAGUUCAUGAACCCUGGCGGUUCCAUCAAGGACCGUGCGGCCAAGUUCAUUUUGGAUGAUGCCGAGGCUAAAGGAUUGGUCAAGCCAGGUGGCACAAUCGUCGAAGGUACAGCUGGAAACACCGGUAUUGGAUUGGCUCACGUUUGCCGUCUGAGAGGCUACAACUGUGUGAUUUACAUGCCCAACACGCAAUCGCAGAAUAAAAUCGAGACUUUGCGCCUUUUGGGCGCCGAGGUCUACCCUGUUCCUGCUGUUGCAUACGACAAUCCUGAAAACUACAACCACCAAGCCAAAAGACACGCUGAGAGACUCGACAAUGCCGUCUGGACAAACCAGUUCGACAACAUUGCCAACAGACAGGCGCAUAUCGAAGGCACGGGUCCUGAGAUCUGGGCUCAGUUGGACGGCAAGGUGGAUGCAUGGACCUGCUCGACUGGUACUGGUGGUACCUUUGCUGGUGUUACCCGCUAUUUGAAGCUGAUGGAUGAAAAGGUCAAGUGUGUCUUGGCGGACCCACCAGGAUCUGUUUUGUACUCUUACAUCAAGAGCAACGGUAAGGAGAUUGUGAGAGGCGGCUCCUCUUUCACUGAAGGUAUCGGGCAAGGCAGAGUGACGGACAACUUGAAGCCUGAGAUUGACCUUUUGGACGAGGCCAUCAAAGUCUCCGACGAAAAGUCGAUUGCGAUGCUCUAUAGAUUGCUUGACGAAGAGGGUAUUUAUGUCGGAGGCACGUCGGGGUUGAACGUUGUUGCAGCCAUGGAAGUGGCGCAGACGUUGCCAGAGGGAUCCAACGUCGUGACGGUCUUGUGUGACAGUUGCCACAAGUACGCUGACCGGGUCUUCCUGCAGGAGUGGCUUAAGAGCAAGAGCUUGUGGGACGCUAUUCCCGAGCGCUUGCAAAAGUACGCUGUUCUUCCAUAG